CGUCGCCCUUGAAGGACAUACAACGCUCAUCAGCGAGAGGACUCUUGAACAAACUUGCGUUGGGGCGCAGGCAGAACAAGCCCACUGCUUUAGGUAGGAAAACGUAAAAAACAUUUUGUCUUUUGUAAUACGAAUAUUAUACAAACCAAGAAAAAUUGAAAACGGUAACGACCACCUACUUUAAGAGAUUUUCCAUGAAUUGAAAGACACGUGUCUAUGAUAGCAUGGUGACGGUGCGCAUGUUGCGAGACAAUUUUCUCUUUUGUACAAAGUAACUAAAAGUUCCCUUCACAUUUUCUAAGUAUUUUCGCAAACAAUUUUUAAUAAAAAAAGAUAUAAAAACGCAACUUUCCUGUAAAUCCUUGAAGCAAAGCAUCGACGCCACCUAUGCAAAACUGUGUUCCGCAGAGCUAUGAAGUAUUACUUAAAAUCCGGUUUUACUUUGUAUACUAAUGAUGAUGAAACUAUGUUAAUUACAAAAAGGUGCACGAUGAGAAAUUCAAUGUGCACGGAAAAAUUAUCUCAGUUUCGUGGAAAUAAAUCCCAAGCAGUGGUUCAAAAACAAAAAAUACUCACAGUUAAAAAUAGCGCAAUCCUUAUUUUUUGAAUUAACCUUUUCACAUUUUUAACUCACAUUGAGUGUGAAGACUUCAUUUUUUUCGAGUUUAUCUACGCCCAGAUUCAUUUCUGUUUAAGCUCAUCAAGAUGUUUCUAACUUAAUGAAAAUACAUACAUGUCGAUACACUUUGAAGGCGACAGCGACCAUUCACGAAAAAGCUAAUAGACAUCGCUUCAACAAGAAAGGGUUUCGGCAACGCGUAAGGUUUUGUUUUACAUAUUAAGUAUGUUUUGAGUUAAAAAUUACCUAUUAUAAACUUUUUAUAAAACUGGCUCAUAUUCUAUCUAUUUAAAAGGGCAAUAGUAUGGAACUCCGCGGAAAAUCACUUUGAUACACUUUGAAGGCCACAGCGACCAUUCACGAAAAAGCUAGUAGACAUCGCUUCAACAAGAAAGGGUUUCGGCAACGCGUAAGGUUUUGUUUUACAUAUUAAGUAUGUUUUAAGUUAGAAAUUACCUAUUAUAAACUUUUUAUAAAACUGGCUCAUAUUCUAUCUAUUUAAAAGGGCAAUAGUAUGGAAUUCCGCGGGAAAUCAUUUCCUGUGCAUGUGUAAUGGGCCUAACUUCGAUAUCUUAAAAUUCUAACAUGACUUCGAGGCUUUGGGGACAAACGUCUCCAUUGUCUCGCAAUUCCCAGAGAACUUGAGCACAAAGAAAACAUAACCAAAUAUAGAAAAAUGACCAGAAAGUCAUUUUAGAAUUUUAAUAUAUUAAUUUUAAUACAUCGAACGUGGACUAUUGGGACAAAACAUUGAUACAAUUUCCAAAAAGCGAAUCAUUUGUGCACAAUAUUUGAUAGCUACUGAACUUGGCGUUCUAUUCUCUUCCUGAAGUCUCUUAUCUGACCGUCGCAUUCAGUCCAAAACUUCUUUUUAGCUUCCUUAUGUAAAGAACAAAAUAAAAACAAGGCAAAAACGGACUGAACUAGAAAACGCAACAAACUAAGAUGCUGCUCAACUUUCUGAUAAAACUAACUGCACCUAUUGGACACAAGGAACAACCUUUUAAGAGCUCAAACGUGUGUUUUGUGCCAGUAGUAAACCGACUUCAAGUUUCAAGUUUAUCAUUUGUAUGUUCCUAUUCCGACUUACAGUGGAAUGUAAGACAUUCAGUCAACAAUAAAGGACUAUGCUAUGCAUGUAACACUUGUCCGUUCGCCAAUAUCGCUAUACUGAGAUAUAACUGUCAAACUGUCGGAAUCAGUUUUAUCAGGACUAAAUGUGUCUACCCCGUGUGCUAGAGGUUAUUAUUUCUUUUGUAACCUAAUUCCUGAUAGUUCGCGAUGGAGCGACGAAAACCUCUCGGGGACAAGAUUUAUUUCAAACUAGGUAUUUCAAGCACUGUCUUUUAAAUAGGAAUCAAUCACAAAAAUAGAACGUUUUCUCGACUUAAUAAAGCCACAAAAUUCAUCUGUUCGCCCUUUUGGGCCCUUUCACAGACCCAAAAGACAGAUUUCCCGAGCCUUUUAUAUCCUUCAACAAGUGAAAUCCCCCUUUCGGGUGGAGCCUCCCCGUAUAGGCCAUCAUAAGGAGUACCCUCCCGGGCACCAUGCUCACAAGGCCUUCCCAACAAAGGGCCCAACAGUGGUAUCUUUUUUGAUUCAUAUGCCAUCACUGACGAUGCGCGCAGUUCGUCAAGUGUAUGAGCGGAUGACUAUUCCAUCAAUAUUAACCCCCAAAAUAUCGAAGUUCAAAUAAAGCAAAAUUUGCGCAGUUGAACCUUUCGCCAGUCCCACUGACUGUUAAAUAUUUUUUGACGUUACCUCUCUGAUCCAAAAAAUGCACACAAUUAAAAAUCGUGGUCAAAUUGAUUAACAGACACAAACAUUAUGAAUUCUCUUAAUUUUUCCUUUUGUUUCAUUCAAAAAAAAGAAACUGACUUUUCCUUACCACGGUGAUGGCUCUCAUCUCCCUUCGAGUUCUUCUUCUUGUAAGUAUUUGCUCAAUGCUGUGUAAAGCAGUUCCUUUGACGUACAGAAAACCAGGAGAAUCCGGAGAACGCCUCUACAACAAGGUAAACACAAGGAGAACAAAUUUACCACUAAAGUUACUCUAAAAUCAGUGAAAAUUCAUGUUGCUUAAAAAUUAAUAUCAUGGUCUUUUCAGUAAACCAACUUCUCACUAUUAUGUUGGUCCAUAACUGAUCUGACCCCGGUGGGUACCUCUCUUAUACAUGUAUAAGCUUUACAGGUAUGUGCUGCCUCAAAGGGUUUGGAGUUUGGUGCCGUUUCGGUUGAUAAAUGGGCAUAGACUUUGCUCAUUUUGGUCUGGAAUUGGGUGUGGUAUUCGAGGGAACUCUGGAAGUGUAUGAACAUAUUCAUUGUUUUCAUUCCAAAUGGAUAAGAGAGAAAGAUUAAUUUUAAGAAAUCAUUCUGUUGGCGUCCUAAUUAAAGUAAUAAUGACAUAACUUCUAAGAGGCCAGGUCUGAAAACGUGUGUGAAAAAUAAGAUUUUUUUUGUCUGAAACAGGGUCAGGAUUUGGAAAACCGGGGUCAAUUUAAUAAAACAUUUACAAGUAUAAUUUACAAGUGUAGCUGUUGUUUUCAUACUCUCUCUGGCUACACUCGUAAAUUACAGUUGUUAUACUACUACAUGAGAAAUUUUUGCAAUUUGAUUGGCUUAGAACAGUGUUAUUUCAGCUUAAUUUGAAAUACCUACAUGUGAAAAUUACAAACAUUUUGGGGGUAGUAGUAUAAACAAAUAAUAGCAUGAUUUGUACGUGAUAUUUGGCAUAAAUACCACUCGUGAUAUUUCAAAAUUGUCUCAAAUUUCACUCACCUAUCGGCUCGUGAAAUUGCGUAUAACAAUUUUGAAAUAUCACUCGUGGUAUUUAUACCAAAUAUCACUACAUAUCAUGCUAUUACCUAUACUAAUAGUUUUAUUAAAUUGACCCCCGGGUGGCACAACCCCACCAAGAAUUUCCAGGAGUACCCCCCGGGGAUCUACCUUCUUUUUCAGCAGAAAAAGGGGGAAUGAGGGGGAAUUGUGGGGGGAGGAGGCACUGGAGUUUACGUUUUGAACCUCUUAUGCUAAAAACCUGGAUCUGCCCCAGCAUUACCAUGCUGAAUUAGUACAAAAGAGAAUAAAGUUCAAACUAAGAAUAAAACUGAACCACAAAUAUUCUGCAGAGUUGCUAACUUUUUUUCUUUCCCUUUUUAGUUGUUUCCAGAUUAUGAGAGAACUAGCCAAGAUGAAUGGAGCAGAAAUACAAAAUUUGUAUUUGUUCCAAAGUAUCAGUCCAUUAGUGAUCAGAAAAUGAAAAAAGAUCUUCUGCAAGACAUACUACUUGAUAUGGUGAGGAACAAACUACUUAAAGAAAACCUUAGCAUACUUAUACAGCUGAGUCAGGAAACAUAACUAUGUAAUCAUCCUUCGGGUGGGGGGAGUGGGGGUAUUCCCUAUAAUGGCCUAUACAGGGAAGCUCCACCCAAAAGGGGUCCCUUUUUUUGGGUCAUGUAGCAGCUGCUUGGAAGAGAAGUCACCAAUGGUGCCUAACCCUGACCCCAAACAAAAACUGAAACAAUUGACAGAAUGACAUGUCAUUGUUUUCUGCGAACAAUCGGGAGAGACCUGACGAGCAGCUCCUACACAACUGCCUUUAUCAGGCUUCAGGUAUAUGAAAGCUGGAAAGGAUUUCACUAGCUGAAGUACAGCAUGAAAGGUUCUAAAUUAGUAUGUAAAAGGGGCACCAUUUGCAAGUAAAACAGAUAACAAAGGGGUACCAUUUCUGUCAAAAAUUAUAUAUAAAAGGAUAAGGGGUUAUUCUGCCUCGUACAACUUUUUGUCGAGUACUCCCUUGCCCGUCUGGGUAUUCCCAUAAAGUUUCCAUUAAUUGAGCAAUGUAAAACCAAAUCUUACUUCAAACUGUCAACACCUCAAAUAUUUCAGAAAUGCGUAUUAUGUUAUAGCCAAUCACUACAAAGAUCAGGUAACAUGAGCAACUAGCAAAAUUGCAAACUAGUUAAUUGGCUUUUUCUUUGCAACACAGUGACAUUCCAUUUCUGGUGCUCAUAGGUUUAAAAAGGGCAUGCCCAAUGACAGCAUGGUUAAAUUUACAUAAUAUCACUGACACCAACCCCUUAUGCCCCAGGGGGUUCGGGGGGAGGGGGGUGGGGGGCAUUGCCAUUUAUGGGCUAUUCAGAAAUGUUUUGUUGUGAAGGGUUGAGUUUUCAAGGAGUGCAGUCAGGGAUAAAGGGUAUGGAAAGCAAAUAAAUUUUGGUCUGGAAUAAGAACACUUUAUGGGAAACUGAUCAGUUGUAUGAAGAGCUGGAAAUUUCUUGUUGAUACUUAAGGCCUGUUUUCUUGGAGGUGGGCCGGUAUGCCAGGUUGGAGAGGUAACCUGCUCAGGUGGGGUAAGAAAAUAACCAACAUUUACAUGCACCCUUUAAGAACCCUGCCAUCUCAGAGUGCACUUCCUCAAGAUCAUUGAAUGGUCAUCAAUCAUAUAACUACAAAAAUGGUAGGCAAACAACACUUGCUGCUCUUGCUGUGAUCCUUUCAGUGGUGUGGCUUUCACUUUAAAUGAUGCAACAUGAAUCCGACCCUGGUACCUUGAAACAUUUACUAUGGCAAAAUUUGUCCCAGCUGCAAUGGACUUUACCUGGUCUAGCAAACAAGGCAACCCACCCAGGCAGAUCUUCCCACCUACUAUGUAAACAUGAUGAAAUUAAAAUGAGAGAUUAUAAUGGACAGGCGGGUUACCUCACCUAUCUGGGGUCCCAUGCCUCCAUAUAAACAGGCCCUUAGUCUGUGAUAGGGUUGGGUUUUUUGCUGCCCACUCCAGAAUAAGCAGAAAAAUAAUAUGGCAGUUGAAGAUGGUCUGGUGAAGGCUAAGGCAAGGGGUCCAGGAUCCCAGUAGCACACCCCUUCCAAAAAAUUAUAGUAGUACCUUCCCCCCUCCACGCUUACAUGUUUGUCCAGAAAUGUGUAACACUUUUAAAUUUACAUGUAAAUUAUUGUGGCAUCCCAGGGAAGACCAGUGAACUUUUCAUAACAGCCAACAAUUGGCUUUCACAUAAAAAUAUAGUGCAACAGCAUUUUUUUAUAGAAAUGUUCUUUCCAGGGGGUACCCAACCAGGUUGGAAAAAUUACAGAAAUUCCAGGGGGUAGGGGAUGUGACAAGCACCCCCUGCGAUGGAAAUUCUGCCCUCCGUAUUAGUAGGGUAGGGCAUAGACAUUUUUUGGAACUACAAAGUUAUAAACAUAAGCGGUUUGACUGUAAUAUGGUAGAGAAAAUGCUUUCAGCCAAAACAACGCAUUCGCAAAAUGACUUGGGUGGGCAAUACAAAAUGUCACACAAAUCACUAUACUUUGUCAACCCAAGCCAGAUUCAAAGCAUUGUAUUUGUGCCUCGGUUCACGGUCUAUUUCUUCUCUUAUACGUCACCUCGAAUUAUUGCUGCGAUUUAGCUCUAUUCCAUCAAGGUUGGCCUUGAUUCUCUUCAAUACUCAACACCAGGUUUUGAAGCUCGAUAAAGAUCACUGCAAAUGAUCAUGUGCGCAAGUUGACUGUAGACAGAUUUUCAUUCUGUAAAACUGAAAAUGCUGUUAAAAUGCUUUCAGAUGGCUAUAAUCGUUUCUGUUCUAAACAAUUAUUUUCGAAGAGUGACAUCUAGGCGCAAAAUGGCUCAGAUGUGUGGUGAAAUAUCGAGACAAGCAUCACACAAAAGCUGACUUCUCAGCACGGGUCGAGGCUCGUACUGCCUUUGGUCAGUGGUUUCUCGAUGGACCGAAGACAUGCGUCCUUUGCAUGCGUCCAUUCCGUAUUUGUUCCCAUUCUUGUCCCCAGAGCCCGUCGUUUCUUAGUCACGUGGUCUUACGGGUAUGAGAUUUUGUCCAUUUUGGACAGGAAUCGGGUAUGGCUUUCGAGGGAACUACGGGAGUGUACGAACGUAUUUAUCGUUUCAAUUCAAAAUGAGUAAGAAGAGUCUAAGAAAGAAAGAGAAACAUGCGAAUUCUAAAUAGAUUGCUAGAACUUUUUUGUUUGCGCUCUAAUCUUAGUAAUAAUGACAUAAUUUCUGCCUAAAGGCCAGUUCUGAAAAGUGGUCUGGUCUGAAAACAGGUCUGGAAAAUGACAUUCUUUGGUCUGAGAUAGGGUCAGGAUUUGAAGAACCAGGCGGCACACCCCCACCAAAAAUUCCCCGGAGGAAAACGAGGCUUAAGGUUCGCAAAAACAUGAUUAACACUUUCAUUCCCGUUCAAAAAGUCAAUUUUUUGUCUUAACACCAAUCUUUUGUGACAGAAUAAGAGACGACUGGAACAAACUGGACUGGUUAAAAGACGACAACGCUGUCACGCCGGGUACGGUUGUACCCAUGGAGACGAGUCGCUAAAUGAAGCAGAAAGUAGGCAGGUACGUCCGUUGGACAUUUAUUUUCGAAAUUCCGUUCACCAAGCAUAAAGAAAACUCGACCACGUAUAGCUUGCUCCCUUCCUGAGGAGAUAUCUUCUAUGAUAGUUUACACGAGGAGGCUCUUUCCUCCCGAUAGGCUUACCUUUUUCAGGCUUUAGAUAUACAUAAGAAGGGACAUAGAUUUCACUAUUUGAAGUACAACUGUACACAAUCAAUCAAUCAACAACUUUAUUUAUUUAAGGCAACAAAAGGCGGGUUAGGAAAACUGCCUUUUCAGAAUGAUAUAGAAAGACUUAAAAGGGCCAACAGAAGAAUUUUGGGGCUUUGAAAAAGUCGUGAAAAUGUCCUGAUUUCUACACUAAGCACAAAAAAGGGAUACCAUUUGUCAAUGGAAGGUAUACGGAAGGAGGACCCCCUCCCCCCCCCCCCCCCCCCCCCCCCCCCACCCCCCCCCCACCGCUGCCCUCGGACCGCCCACAACAACUAGAGCAGAAAACAACAACAACAGCAAAAAGAGGAGGGGGAAAGAGGGGAGAGAGUAGAGUGGAGACACUCUCUNUCAAGAUCCCUUCAGAUAGUGUGCAUGGAAGACGCCAAGAAAAUUGAGCAGGAAAACAGAGAGCCUGAAAAGAUGGGAGGAGGAAGAGAGGAAGGUACGAAUUUGUCCUGUUCUCUCUUCCUGUUUCUUUCUUUCUUCCGCUUUUCCCCCUCCCGCCCUCUCCAUUUAUCAAUUCGCUUUUUAUUUUGUCGACUUUGAAUUAUAUUAAUCAGUUCACUUCAUCUUGUCUCUGUAGGCGCUGGCGAGAAAGGAGCCUGGGAAAAUGCGUGACAUGAGCAUAAAUGAAUUCAAAGAAUAUGACAUGGAACUUGAGAAAGAUUUAAGAAAUUUCGAGGAUAGUUGGCGUUAUAUCUCGCCCAGCCAAAUGUAA